AAUUAGUGUCAUUACUAUUACUGAUCAAUAAAAAUAUCUACCAAAAACGAGGGGGAGAGAAAAGCUUUCAUUUUAUGAUAAAAAAUUCAUUUAUACCUGUUAUUUCACAAAAAAAAAAAAAGAAGAAAACCCCGGAUCAGUUGAAUUUCAAGUAUUCAAUUUCCAUAAUAAGAUACUAAGACUUACUUCACAUUUGGAAUUACACCCAAAGGACUAUUUAUCUCAAAGGGGUUUACAUAUAAUUCUAGGAAAACGGCAACGACUACUGUCUUAUUUGUCAAAGAAAAAUAAAAUACGUUAUAAAAAAUUAAUAAAUCAGUUGGGUAUUCGGGAUUCACAAAUUCGUUAAUUUCAAGAAUCAUUUUCAAUUAUUCGAUUUAUUAGAUCCUGAAUUUUGAUGAACUUUUUUUUUAACGAUUCAUGGAAGAAUGAAUCGAGGAAAAACCUAUGAAUGUGCCAGCUACAAGAAAAGACCUCAUGAUAGUCAAUAUGGGGCCUCAACACCCAUCAAUGCAUGGUGUUCUUAGACUUAUUGUUACUCUGGAUGGUGAAGAUGUUAUUGAUUGUGAACCAAUAUUGGGUUAUUUACACAGAGGUAUGGAAAAAAUUGCGGAAAAUCGAACAAUUAUACAAUAUCUGCCUUAUGUAACACGUUGGGAUUAUUUAGCUACUAUGUUCACAGAAGCAAUAACCGUAAAUGGACCGGAACAAUUGGGAAAUAUUCAAGUACCUAAAAGAAUGAAAUUGGCUGAUAUUAUCACAAUACUAGGUAGCAUAGAUAUCAUUAUGGGAGAAGUUGAUCGUUGAAAUGAUAAUUGAUACAACGGAAGUCCAAGAUAUAAAUUAUUUUUCCGGAUUGGAAUCUUUCAAAGAGGUCUAUGGAAUUCUAUGGAUACUUGUACCUAUUUUGAUUCUUGUAUUGGGAAUCACAAUAAGUGUACUAGCAAUUGUAUGGUUAGAAAGAGAAAUAUCUGCAGGGAUACAACAGCGUAUUGGACCCGAAUACGCCGGUCCUUUUGGAAUUCUUCAAGCUCUAGCAGACGGAACAAAACUACUAUUCAAAGAGAAUCUUAUUCCAUCUAGGGGAGAUAUUCGUUUAUUCAGUAUCGGACCAUCCAUAUCAGUAAUAUCAAUUCUAAUAAGUUAUUCAGUAAUUCCCUUUGGCUAUAACUUUGUUUUAUCUGAUUUCAAUAUCGGUGUUUUUUUAUGGAUUGCUAUUUCGAGUAUUGCUCCCAUUGGACUUCUUAUGUCAGGAUAUGGGUCAAAUAAUAAAUAUUCCUUUUUGGGUGGUCUACGAGCUGCUGCUCAAUCGAUUAGUUAUGAAAUACCAUUAACUCUAUGUGUCUUAUCAAUAUCUCUACGUGCGAUUCGUUGAAACCAAAAAAGCUAUUCGAUGCUAUUGCUAUGCUCCUCUCUUUAUAGUACUAUAUAUAAUAGGAAAGGAGUCGAAUAAAUUAAAUAGAAACCUUCAUUAUCUUAAUUUGAUUUUUCACAAUUCGGAUUGAAGAACUAAAUUAGAUAGUUAUAUGAGUGAAAAAAAACAGCUUAUAUUGAAUAAAAUUUCAGAAUACUCUAUUACCUAUAGUUAACAGAUAGUAUGAUGAUUUUAAAUGGCAGUAAAAAUAUUGAGUCUCAUUUUCUAUGUAUAAGAAUGAAGUCAAAUAAAAUAAAUUAUAAAGAGAAGAGGACAUUUAACCCAAGAUUGGAGAAUAUUUUUCAUCCUGUUUUGAAGCGGGCUCAAAAGACCAACCUUAUUGAGUUUUAGUUAUCAUUUGUAUGAUCCUAGAUGUUAAAAUAAGGGGUUAAUAAAAAAAAGAGUGGAUGGUUAGAAACACCAAGAUACACAAAGGAUUAGUAACACAGAUUUUGUAAAUUAUCCAAAAGACAAUUUACGCAUAAUAGAAAAAGAAUACUAAUUGGGGCUUUAAGUUGGUAGAAAAAAUCAAGCAGUACUCCCCAUAACUCCGAUCCAGAGUAUGCUUCCAUCCACCGAUUAAAUAAAUUACUAUCAGGAACGAAAAAAUCCUUUAAAAUUUUUUAAGUCCCUUUUUCAUAGCACAAACAAAGAAGAAUAGGAACGAAAAAAGAAGAAGAAAUCAUAAACGAAAAGCAGAUCUCUUUUUUGUGCUAUGAUUUCUUAUAUCCAUAUUCAUAUUCAUGGAGAUCAAAUUCACAUGAUAAUUAAGAAACGAAUGUGUAAUUCUUUUUCGUAAUUCAAAAUGCCGAGGGUUAUGGAGAAUUCUAAAAGAGUAUUUUAUUGAAGAAUUCAGUUAUUACUCAACAAAUUCAAAUUUCGAUUUU